UUCCGGAGCUGUCCAGAUUUGUUCGUUUCCCUUGCUCGAACAUCCCCGACCCGGAGCUCAUUCAUUUCGUACAACUGUUUCGGUAAACAUCUACUUUGUGGAGGCCAAAAAUGAGACAAUAGAAACAGAUUUUCCAAAUUCGUAGCCAAGGAAACGCCUCGAUAUAUUUCUUCGGCACAAAAACGAACAAAAUUGGUUUCUUAGUUUCCAAAUUUCGAACUCGAUAAACCAAAGGCCGAGAAAGUCCCUUUCGAAGUCCCUGAGUGCGCGACAGUUGCUGGCCAUCAUGGUGGUUAUCGUCUGCAAGUUCGAUCCCUUCUAUGUGGGUCCCUGCCCCCCUGGCUGCUGCGCCCCCUGCGGUCCCUGCGGUCCCUGCGGACCCUGCGGACCCUGUGGGCCCUGUGGACCCUGUGGCGGCUGUGGUCCUUGCGGGCCCUGUUGUGGUCCUUGCGGGCCCUGCGGUGGGUGCUGCAGCUCCUGUCCCUGCGGCUGGUGAGAGGAUCACUGCGCGACUGUACCGCCCUGACGAUUAGUGCUGAAGAAAUAUGUUGCUGUUCGAAAACUAGAGCCUUGGAGGGGUCCACGAAACACCCAACACCUGCGGUGGCAUCCCCAACGUAAUAAAAUGAAUCUGCAACAAAAGA